AUGGUGGACAUAUCACAUGAAUCUCUUAUCUGUUCGGAUUUGAACGAAAAUAUGGAACUUAUUAGAUUGCAUACUGAUAGCAUCGGUGUUCGUCCAGUCCUGGACAACUCUAUAAUGAUAGAUGGAUAUAAGGAAAUUUCCAAACCAGGUACAAGGAGGCGUAGGCGUAGGCGUUCAUCUAGUGUUCAUUCCAUAUGUACGAAGAUGCAAGAUGAUAGAGAUCAUUCUAUCAACACGUUUGAAACAAUCUACAAGAAAAUAGCUGCGUUCUUUUUUGUUUUCAACAAAUUUGCCAAUGCAAACGACUUUAUCAAUAAUCUUCCAGUUAUUGCUAAUGAAUCACACACACUUUCAUUCGUUAGGUCUUUCAACAUGCUAUACGAUUUGAGGAUAAAGGAGAAAAUAUAUGACACUAUGGAUAAUUUUAUGAAGUCUAAUCGCAGUGCCACCGAUAGGAUAGUGGCAAUGAUACCUACUAUGCCCAUUAACUUGGAUGCAUUGGGAAUUUCUAAAUAUUUCACUGGAAAUACUCACAAUAUUGCAGACUGUUUUGCUCUCUUUAUAGAAAAUCCCCGUAUAAGCGGCGAAGAAGAUACCGGAAUCUCGGAUUCAAAACCUCUCGUGAAUUCAGAUUUAGAUUCUAUUCCUACGAGUAUAAGGUGUGAAAUUGUCAAUAAAUUAUCGCAAGAGGUUUUGUCCGAAUGUGGUACAUACGAGUGUCUUUAUGAACAAGAAAUUGAUUCCUUACCGGAAAAUAUAGUAUUGGAUGGGAUGUUAAAGGGUAUGCCUAUCAGUAAGGGGAAAAUUCGUUUUUUUCAUAAGAUCAUGACGUUUGGUAAGAGGGAUGGAUCCCCAAAACCUCCCAGAAAACGCAUAGAUGGAACCGUGGAUGACUCCGCAGGUUUUCUAAAACAGAGAUUCUCGAUAUUUACAGAAUAUUUAUCCAGACGUAAUUGCGAUGUGAAUCCUGGAGGUUCUAACAAAUGGAAUGCAAAGACGUAUUUUAAUAUAUUUUCUAAAAAGGAAGGUGAUUACAGGAAUCCUAUGGAUCUUGCAGAUGAUAGUGCCAAAGAGAGGUUUGAAGAGCACAUUCGUAUGCACACAGCUCACUGGGACGAAAUUCAAUACGAUGAUAUUGAGAUCGUUUUAAGAGAUAAUAAUGACAACUCUAUCAUCAAAUUGCCAUACAGCUGUACCAUAAUGUGA